CUCUCUCUCUCUGCGCUUUCAUUGGUAACAGUAAUAUUUGUAUCAAUUGUCAGGCGGCGUCUCUCUUUUCCUCCACUUCUCUCUCUGUGAUAAUAGAUGUACUCCCACCAAUAUCUUCAUGAAAUGAAGCUCUGAUAUUGAAAGCAAUAAAGAAAAGCGAAAGAAAAACAUGUUUCUUGAAGCUAAUCUUCUUCCUCGGUGGCUUGAGGCUCUUCUCACAGAGAAGUUUUUCAACGCUUGCGUAAUUCAUGAAGAUGCCAAGAAAAAUGAGAAGAACGUCUAUUGCUUGAACUGUUGCAUCAGUCUCUGCCCUCACUGCUUGUCCCCUCACCGCUCUCACCGACUCUUGCAGAUAAGAAGGUAUGUUUAUCACGAUGUUUUAAGGUUGGAUGAUGCUGCAAAGUUGAUAGACUGCACCUUUGUUCAAUCGUACACAACCAACAGUGCAAAAGUGAUAUUUCUGCACCAAAGGCCGCAGACAAGGAACUUCAAGGGCUCCGGCAAAUUUUGCAGCACCUGUGACAGAAGCCUGCAAGACCCUUAUCUCUUCUGCUCCCUUUCCUGCAAGAUUGAUUAUCUCAUCAGGACCGAAGGUGGGAUUUCAGCAUACCUCUUCGACUGCGAGACCCUUACCUUGCCCGAACCGGGUUUAGACGACGGUUUCAUGACUCCAGACUCGGUUCUUGAACCGGCUGGUUCGAGCCGGACCUCGUCCGGUUCGGGUGGGUGCGGUGGGGUUGACUGUAGGACAGUCGCUUGCACUGCCACAACUGAGAUUGUCAGGAAAAAGAGGAGUAGCUUGUCGUCGGCGUACCGGGCGGUGUUUCGGCCGGUAUGUUCUCCCGUCUCCGAAAUUUCGGCGAGUUUGAUGAACCGGAGAAAAGGGACUCCACAAAGAGCUCCACUUUAUUGAAUUUGUGUACGGAUUGGUAAUGGAAUAGAGCUGUAAAAGGGGAGAGGGCUUUGGGAUGAAUUUGGUGUUAUAUUUUUUCCUUGAGGCUAAUUUCGGGAAAAGGGUUGAAAUCUUCCCAAUUUUGUUGAGGACUUUCUCUCUCUUCUAGUGAGUGGUAGGGUUGGUUCCUUUUUUUUGGGCCAUUUACAGAGCCACAGACCCGCAGUAAACAAUGACAAAAGUUUACUGUUAUAUUGCUAAUCCCUUGUAUAUGGGGGGGUUAUAUGAUUUUUUUUUUUGAAGAAUUAUACCGCUGUGAUUUGGGUCCUUGAUUGAAUUUGCA